CCCUCUCUGUGGGGAGAGGAGGCAGAGACCCAGGAGGGGGCAAGAGCGAGUUUAGGGUCCCUCAGGGAGCUGAAGGGGGACAGGUGGGGCAGGCCAGGGGGCCAGCAAGGCCUCGGUUGUAUCUAGCUGUUGCAGAUGUGCUCCCCUCCUAGGUUUCCAAGCAAACUCCUUUUUGCCUAGGGAUGGGCAUGGGGGCCUGGGCACCUAACUCUGAGCCCAGGCUCCCCCACCAAUGGAACAAGUCUGCCCAGAAUCCUUUCCCCAUUCUCCUAGACCCAGAGGUGUGAGCUCUCUUGGCCCAGGCCUGGACCAGGUCACCCCAGGAGGGCCCCUCAGGAAGAAGCCAGGGCUGUGGCUUUGGGUGGGGCCGGUGGCCUCUUCUGGGAGCCCAGCAUCUGGAAGCCAUCAGUCCAGGGGCGGGGGAGUUGCAGGAGAGGGCCUGGAAGGGGAGCAUGCCUCCUCCAGCCCACACACAGGCCCACCUCUCGGGAGCAGUGGCAUUGGGCCCACAGGCCCCGCCGCCAUCUCUGCCUCCUGCCAAUGCCUCUCGGCCGGCAGCCUCGCCCCCUACCGCUUGCUGCCUUCUCUCUCACCCCACUGGCUGCUACUCCUGCAAGAUGCAAUCACAUAAUAUACAAUAACAUCGCCUACUGCGUGCUGGGAGCCUCGAUUCUCUGGCACAGGCCUUGCCAACAUUCCAUUGACCCCUGAGACUCAGCGGGACCAGGAGCGGCGGAUUCGGCGGGAGAUUGCUAACAGCAACGAACGGAGGCGCAUGCAGAGCAUCAACGCGGGUUUCCAGUCCCUCAAGACCCUCAUCCCCCACACAGAUGGAGAGAAGCUCAGCAAGGCAGCCAUUCUCCAGCAAACGGCCGAAUACAUCUUCUCCCUGGAGCAGGAGAAGACCAGGCUCCUGCAGCAGAACACACAGCUCAAGCGCUUUAUCCAGGAGCUGAGCGGCUCAUCCCCCAAGCGGCGGCGGGCAGAGGACAAGGACGAGGGCAUCGGCUCGCCAGACAUCUGGGAGGACGAGAAGGCGGAGGACCUGCGGCGGGAGAUGAUCGAGCUGCGGCAGCAGCUGGACAAGGAGCGCUCGGUCCGCAUGAUGCUGGAGGAGCAGGUGCGCUCGCUGGAGGCCCACAUGUACCCGGAAAAGCUCAAGGUGAUCGCACAGCAGGUGCAGCUGCAACAGCAGCAGGAGCAGGUGCGGCUGCUGCACCAGGAGAAGCUGGAGCGGGAACAGCAGCACCUGCGGACCCAGCUCCUGCCCGCUCCGGCCCCUACCCACCACCCCACGGUGAUCGUGCCGGCGCCAGCGCCCCCUCCCUCCCACCACAUCAAUGUCGUCACCAUGGGCCCCUCCUCAGUCAUCAACUCUGUUUCAACAUCCCGGCAAAAUCUGGACACCAUUGUGCAGGCGAUCCAGCACAUCGAGGGCACCCAGGAAAGGCAGGAGCAAGAGGAGGAGCAGCGUCGAGCCGUCAUAGUGAAGCCGGUCCGCAGCUGCCCCGAGGCCCACGCCUCCGACACUGCCUCCGAUUCGGAGGCCUCGGACAGCGACGCCAUGGACCAGAGCCGGGAGGAGCCAGUGGGGAACGGGGGGCUUCCCUGACCACCCCCCAGCCCUCCUCUCCCUUCUGGGGGCUGGAGGGGGCGGGGCAGCAACUGGGAGAGAUGAGGGUGAACGAGUGAGGAAUUUUUACAAAAUUACGGCAUCAUUUGGGUCUCUUUUAUGACCUCUUUUUCAAUACUGUAAAUCGACCUUUGAGUGAAGCCACCCAACCCGAGGUCCGGGGCUGGGGCGGCAGGAGCGCGUGGCAGCACCGGGACACCUGGGGCUGGGCCUCGGCCCCGGAGGCUGGGGAAGCGGACACGGAGGUGCCUGGCCUCUCUCCGCCAAAAAGCAUUUUUUCAUUGAAACAUGUUUUUAAGAACAGGGAAAAUCAAACAAAACCCCAAGGUAUUUCUGCCCUCCCCAGAGCCAGCCGUGUGACUGUCAGUUUUUAAUUCCCCCUUCCCUCUUCUUUUUGGUGUUCUUUCUCCUUUAAGCACUUACAUGGGUUGGGGGUCUGGCUGGGUCGGGGCUCUCGGGGUCCGGGGGUCUCCGUUGCUUCUCGGUUGGGGUUUGCUGCUGCCCUUCUUCCCUCCCCCUCCCUGUCUCAGCACUAGGAAUCGCCACUCUCCACCACUGUCCGGCCCCCACCUCUCCCUCCAGGUUUCCCAUCUUCCACCCCAAAAAAGUCUUUGUCUUUCUCUUUUUGUUUUGUUUGUUGUUGGUUCUUUUUUGGUUUUAGUUUUUUUUUUUUUUUUACAAUUUUGAGGUCUUUGUGUUCAAGGAGAAGCUAUUAUAUUUUGUUAAGAAAGUGGGGGGAAAAAAACA